AUGAGCCUCAACGAGAACAAGCCCACGUACGGCACCGUCGAAGCGGCGGGCGCCACCAAGGGCUCGCGCCGCGGCGUCGUCGUCGGACUCGUGCGGCCUCGCGCGCGGAAAUCAAUUCAUGUGCACCGGUGCCUUUGAACAUGCUGGAUCAUCGCAUCGAGCGCCACGCCAUCGACGCGACGUCUGCUCCUCGCAGGCGGCGGCGGCCUGCUUCGCGCUCGGCUUCUGCGUAGCUUCCGUCGGCACGUCGACCCAAGGCCUCCGCGGCGCCGCGCUCUACGUCAAAGACGAGUCGAAGGUGUGGAGCAACGAGGGCGGGAUCGACAACGUCGACGUCGGAGACGUUCCCGCCGGCGGCUGCGUCGGCGGCGGCUGCGGCGACGGCUCCGCGCCGGCGGUCAAGCCCGCGCCGGUGGUCAAGCCCGCGCCGGCGGUCAAGCCGGUCGCCGGGGUGGCGGGCGUCCCGGGCCUCGGUGGCGCUACGCCGCCCACGCCGCCCGCGCCGCCUGCUACGCCGACGACGCCCACCACCAUCGGCCCCGUCGUCCAGACCGGCGACAAGCCCAUCACUAUUGGCGGACCAACGCAGACGGACAACUGCUGCCAGGUCUUUGGUAGCUGCCCGGCCGGGUAUUCAAACUCGGGGAACUGGGAUGCCAAUCAGAUUUGCUGCAAAGACCUGAACAAAGGCGUCUCCAUCAGCAACGACAUACCUACGUGUCCUACCACGCCGGCCAAUGACCCGUUCCCGAACCCCAACUGGACGACGGGCGACGGCAUCGGCCCCAUCACGACGCCCAAGAUCGGACCGAUUCCGACGCCGCACACGGAGACGAACGGCAUUUUCGGUCCGUCGGGCUCGGUCUUCGGCCAGUCGGGCUCGCCUUUUGGCCAAGGAGGCUUCAACGGCGGCAAGCCUCUGAUGGGCCCAGGCUUCCCCUUCGGCGGCGAGUCCACGGGCGUCGGCGCCGGCCCGGCGGUGAACCCCGGGGCCGGCAUGCCAGGGGCGGGCGGCGAGGACGUGGGCUUCGGCGUGCCGCACUCGCACAAGACUACGCCCGGCGGCGGCGUGGCGGCGCAGGGCUACUAG